AUGGCGGAAAAAAUCACCGAGGACCAGGUCGACGACCUGCUCAAGAUCCUCCGUUCCGAGGCCAGCAUCGAUACCAAGGUCCAACACGUUGCUGGCAUCAAAUCCGGCAUCAAGCAACACAAUGUCCCCGACGUCCUCAUCCCCCUCAUCUUCGACGGCCUCCGCACCGCAUCCGUCUCCCAACAUGCAGUGCUCGUUAACGCCGGCUUCACGGCUUUGAAUCACCUGCUCACGAGGCUGUCACGCCAGGAGCCCAAGUACAUCGCCAAGGAGGCGAAGCACACCCUGCCGUUGGUCAUCGACAAGUUGGGCGACCAGAAAGAGAAGUUUAGGAGCCUCGCGUCGCAAGCCUUGACGACGAUAUACUCGGCCGCCCCAAUUGACGUUGAGCGUUCGGUGCGAAACGUUGCCAUGAUUGGCAAGAACCCACGCGCCAAGGAGGCUGGCAUGCACUGGUUGCUGCACAUGCACCAAGAGCAGGGCAUGCAGUUUCGCGCCUACGUUCCGACUCUUAUGGAGCUCCUUGAGGACGCCGACGGCAUGGUGCGCGAUGUCGCCAAAACCACCGUCAUCGAGCUUUUCCAAAACGCCCCUGGUACAGCCAAAACAGACCUCAAGAGACAGCUCAAAAACUUCAAGGUUCGUCCCGCGAUCGAACAAGCCAUCGUCAAGGCGCUUGCGCCGAGUAGCGACCGACCCGAGACUCCCCAUGAGCCUGCAGCGGCUCCAGUGGCAAGACCAAAGCUUGCUGCCAGCGUAUCGUCUCUGGCGAGCGAGCGACCCGUGACCCCCGCGGGCGAGAAGCCGAUUGAGGUGGAACCGGCAUAUGUCAACACUAAGGGUGAACUUGACGACAUUUUCAGGGAAAUGAUGCUGUACUUCGAAGGAAGGGAGACGGAGCAGAAUUGGCUGAAGCGCGAGGAGAGCAUGACAAAGCUGCGGAAGCUCAUUGCCGGAAACGUGUCCCAAGAUUACCCUGACGUCUUCAUGUUGGGUCUCAAGGGCUUGCUAGAUGGAAUCAUCAAAGCUGUCAACUCCCUUCGAACCAGUCUUUCAAAGGAGGGUUGCAGCUUGGUGCAGGAUAUUGCCAUUACCUUCGGCCCUGCUAUGGACCCUCUGGUGGAGCUUCUUAUGCAGACCUUCAUCAAGCUGUCAGCCGCAACCAAGAAGAUCAGCUCCCAACUUGCCAACACUACCGUCGACACUAUCAUCUCGAGAGUUACUUACAGCUCGCGAAUCAUGCAGCAUGUGUGGAUGGCUUGCCAGGACAAGAAUGUCCAGCCUAGGACAUACGCUACGGCUUGGUUGAAGACUCUUUUGAACAAAGAAGCCCACCACAAGAGUCACAUCGAGCACGGUGGUGGCCUGGAUAUGGUAGAAAAGUCCAUCAAGAGGGGCCUCAACGAUGCAAACCCGGGAGUGAGAGAGAGAAUGCGUGGUACCUACUGGGUGUUCGCCCAGAUCUGGCCUGCCAGAGCCGAGGCGCUCAAGGAUACAUUGGAGCCGACUGCCCAAAAAUUACUUGAUAAGGACCCGAACAACCCGAAUGCCCCCAAGAGGACGGAGACCGAAAGGGCCAGGCCAGGUCUUGGUUUGUCUAAGAGCACCAUGAGCAGUACUAAACCGAGUUUACGGGAGACCAUGAUGGCGCAGAAGAAGGCGAAUAUGGCUAAUCGAAAUCUGCCACCUCGCCCAGGAUCUGCUAUGGCCAAUCUUUCUCCUGUUCGACCUCAGCCCGCAGCACCCAGCGCAUCAGCGUCAACGGGCCCGGCGCCUCCAGCAAAGACAACUGUGUCCGGCGGCAUGUCUGUCCGGCCCAUGAGACCCACAAAGAAGCGGCCAGAAAUGGCUGCCCGACCGGCCACUGCGGGGCCAUACUCCGUGCGGACUCACGAUGGACCUUCUAACGAGGCCCCUUCUCCAGAGAGCCUUAGAUCCAGGACGACGCUGAAGCAGAAGACGGAAGCCUCGCCGCGCAGAGCCCCCUCUCGGCCUCGGCCUGGACACGCGCCUCACGCGAGCGAAUCCAGUGUCGCAUCCCCGGUUGCGAAAUCAGUGCUCUCGAAAUCUGUCUCAUCUCCUCAUGGGGCUUCCCCGAGGACCAGUCCCGCAAAGACUAAACGAUCGCAGACCACUACUGCAAUGCCGUUUAGCAGCCCAUCCGCAAACAACGAGGAUCUCACCCUGGUCGUGCCAAAUCUGGCAAGCUUAAGAGCGUCGCCGCCUAAGCGCGCUCAGUCGGAGGAGCCGAUGAUAAUAGACCAUGCCGCGGCUUCUGUAGAGAUUCCUUUGCCGGCAGAGCGUGUUCCAGAGCCUACGCCAGAGCCAGAAGCUAGAGUUUCUCCGACGCCUUCACUCCAGCCAGCUGCAGAGAUCAUUCCUGAGAAUGCUAGAGGAUCGCCUGCCCCUCCCGCUGCCGACGAGCCUGACGAAAAGCCUGACGAUAAGCCUGCCGGUGCUCCAGUAGAACCAUCUGACAACGUUGCGCAAGCUUCAGAACCAGCUCCGGCUGAGGAGCUGGACCUUCAGUCUGGAACCAUGCCUGUCAACGGGCUGAAGGUCUUUGAAGAUCCCUUCACCGAAGAUCAGCCUGUGGAAAAGUCCAGUCCCACCGGUCCAGUCCUUGAAGAUAAGCCGGUCAAUGAAAUUCCUACACCCGCGCCUAUCAACGGCGAGGUCAAUGGUGCCCCCGAGACGCCUGACAAGGCGCGGCAGACCUCUAAGCUAUUGGAAAGCGGAGUCACCAGAGUCAAGGCGAAGUCCCUGGAUGUCCAUGGUUUCAGAAAGCUACAGUCCAUCAUCAGAGACGGUAAAGCCGUUUUCACUGAUGAGAAAUUUGAAGCGCUUCUUCGUGGGCUUUUCGAGUAUCUCGAGUCACCGCUCGCUACUCUCGCGCCGGAGAAGGUUCAAGAUGUCAAGGCGCAAAUCCUAGCGACGAUCAAGCUUCUGCUCAAGAAGGAGCGAGACAACUUCCAGCCGCAUGUUUCGCGGGGACUUGAGUCGCUUGUGGAGACUCGCAGCGCCUACGACUCGCGGGCUCGCAUCGUCAGCGGCCUUGAGCUUCUCUCCGAGGAGCUUGUUGCCCUAGGCGAUCCGCACGAGAUCGUCGUCGUGAUGACGAAACAGCUGCAGGGCAAGGAGGAUAAUUCCGUUGAGGGCAGCCGUUGUCUCGCGACGGGUCUGCAUGUGCUCAAGGAGCUGCUCGACAAGCGCACCGGCUUCGUGCCUUCGGAGAGUGAACUGGCUCAGCUUGCCGGCCUUGCCGGGCGGUGCCUCGAAUCCACGGACUCGGGCGUGCGCAUGGGUGCCGUGCAGUUGUGCGUGGCGCUUCACUCGCGGAUUGGGGACGGGGCUUUCUGGGAGCUCAUCAAGGGUGCCAAGGACGACCCCAAGAACCUCAUUACAUACUACAUUGCCAAGCGACAGCGGGAGAGCAGCGUUGCGGCUUAG